UUCUGGGUUAAUAUGUUGUGGUGAUUUUUCUUUUCCUCUAUAACAUUUUCUUGAUGAUGCAAAACUGGAUAAUAAUGCCUCACAGAAUCAAGAAGUGUAACGUGUGAACGAAUCGUCUUGGACCUAGAUUAUGAGCACUGGUUGUUUUGAAAGGGAUGUGCAGGAGGCAGCCUUGGCAAGAAAACUUGCUGCACAAUCUUACAUGGGCUAAUGAUGAAACUUUAAAUCGGCAAAUCAACCUAGAGUGGAACUUGGUAGAAGAUGUUACAACAGUUUUAUCUCUGGAAAUGGUUAGCUUCAGGGAUUAUCCUUGGCUCUCUCUUCCCAAUCUGCUUUGGCCAAUAUGAGGAUGACUGGCAAUAUGAGGAUUGCAAACUAGCUAGGGGAGGACCACCAGCUACCAUAGUUGCUAUUGAUGAAGAGAGUCGGAAUGGUACGAUUCUGGUGGAUAACUUGCUGAUCAAAGGGACUGCUGGAGGACCAAACCCCACCAUAGAACUCACUUUAAAAGACAAUGUGGAUUACUGGGUGAUGUUGGAUCCUGUUAAACAAAUGCUAUUCCUGAACAGCACCGGCAGAGUUCUGGAUAGAGAUCCACCCAUGAACAUACAUUCCAUCGUGGUAAAAGUCCAGUGUGUCAACAAAAAAGUGGGCACUGUUAUCUACCAUGAAGUUCGAAUCUUGGUGAGAGACAGAAAUGACAACUCCCCCACGUUCAAGCACGAAAGCUACUAUGCAACCGUUAAUGAGCUCACUCCAGUUGGCACCACGAUAUUUACAGGAUUUGCAGGAGACAAUGGAGCUACAGACAUAGACGAUGGCCCAAAUGGACAGAUAGAAUAUGCUAUUCAAUAUAAUCCAGAAGAUCCGACAUCCAACGACACCUUUGAAAUACCCCUCAUGUUGACUGGAGACGUAGUGUUAAGGAAGAGGCUCAACUAUGAAGUUAAGACUCAAUACUUUGUCAUCAUCCAAGCUAAUGAUCGUGCACAAAAUCUAAAUGAACGGCGAACCACAACUACCACCCUCACAGUAGAUGUUCUGGAUGGAGAUGACUUGGGUCCAAUGUUUCUUCCUUGUGUCCUUGUACCAAACACUCGUGAUUGUCGUCCAAUCACCUAUAAAGCUGCCAUACCUGAGUUGCAUACUCCGGAAGAACUGAACCCCAUCAUUGUUACCCCACCGAUUGAAGCUGUUGAUCAGGACCGGAAUAUUCAGCCACCGUCAGAUAGGCCAGGCAUCCUCUAUUCCAUCCUUGUUGGGACUCCUGAGGAUUACCCAAGAUUCUUCCAUAUGCACCCUAGGACUGCAGAACUCAGUCUCCUGGAGCCAGUAAACAGAGACUUUUACCAGAAAUUUGAUUUGGUUAUUAAGGCUGAACAGGACAAUGGUCAUCCUCUUCCAGCUUUUGCCAGCCUACAUAUUGAAAUUCUGGAUGUAAACAAUCAGAGCCCAUAUUUCACAAUGCCCAGUUAUCAAGGCUAUAUCCUGGAAUCUGCCCCAGUGGGAUCAACUAUUUCUGACAGUGUAAAUUUGACCAGUCCUCUAAGAAUUGUGGUUCUGGACAAGGAUGUAGAAGAUGUUCCACCUGAUGGAAUUCCUACAAAAGAUCCAGAGCUUUACCUUUACCUGAAUGAUUAUGCAUCAGUCUUCACUGUCACACCGACGGGUAUCACUCGCUAUCUCACCUUACUUCAACCUGUGGACAGGGAAGAGCAACAAACUUACAUUUUUACGAUUACGGCCUUUGAUGGUGUGCAAGAAAGCGAGCCAGUUUUUGUCAAUAUUCGGAUAAUGGAUGCAAAUGAUAACACUCCAACCUUCCCUGAAGUGUCCUAUGAUGUCUUCGUUUAUACAGAUAUGAGCCCUGGAGACAGUGUCAUACAGCUCACUGCAUUCGACGCAGACGAAGGGUCAAAUGGGGAGAUCUCAUAUGAAAUCCUGAUUGGGGAUAAGGGAGACUUCAUCAUCAAUAAAACGACAGGACUUAUCACCAUCGCUCCAGGGGUGGAAUUGAUAGUCGGGCGGACCUACGCGCUCACGGUCCAAGCAGCGGAUAAUGCGCCUCCUGCAGAGAGAAGGCACUCCAUCUGCACUGUGUACAUUGAAGUGCUUCCUCCAAAUAAUCAAAGCCCUCCCCGCUUCCCACAGAUGAUGUACAAUCUUGAAGUCAGUGAAGCCAUGAGAGUUGGUGCUGUUUUAUUAAAUCUACAGGCAACUGAUCGAGAGGGAGACCCAAUAACAUAUGCCAUUGAGAAAGGAGAUCCUCAGCGAGUUUUUAAUCUUUCUGAAACUACUGGGAUUCUAACCUUAGGGAAAGCACUGGACAGGGAAAGCACCGAUCGCUACAUUCUGAUUGUCACUGCAACUGAUGGCAGGCCAGAUGGGACCUCCACCGCCACAGUAAAUGUGGUGGUGUCAGAUGUCAAUGACAAUGCUCCAAUGUUUGAUCCCUAUCUGCCGAGAAAUGUGUCUGUGGUGGAAGAAGAAGCCAAUGCUUUUGUCUGUCAAGUAACGGCAACUGACCCUGAUGCUGGAAUAAAUGGCCAAGUGUACUACAGCUUGGGUAACUUCAAUAAUCUUUUCCGCAUCACAUCCAAUGGGAGCAUUUACACAAAAGUGAAGCUUAACAGGGAAGUUCGGGACUACUAUGAACUUGUCGUUGUGGCAACUGAUGGAGCGGUACACCCUCGUCAUUCAACUCUAACUUUGGCCAUCAGGGUUUUGGAUAUUGAUGAUAACAGUCCUGUGUUCACCAAUUCAACAUAUACUGUUGUCGUUGAAGAGAAUCUGCCACCUGGGACCACUUUCCUUCGAGUAGAGGCCACAGAUGCUGACCUUGGAGCAAAUGUGUCAUAUCGGAUAAGAAGCCCAGAAGUGAAGCACCUUUUUGCACUUCAUCCAUUUACUGGAGUACUUUCCCUUUUAAGGAGUUUGGACUAUGAGUCAUUUCCAGACCAGGAAGCAACUAUCACUUUUCUAGUGGAGGCCUUUGAUAUUUAUGGCACAAUGCCACCUGGUAUCGCGACAGUCACAGUGAUAGUAAAGGAUAUGAAUGACUAUCCUCCAGUAUUUAGUAAACGGAUCUACAAAGGGAUAGUGGCGCCAGAUGCUGCCAAGGGUACACCUAUCACAACUGUUUAUGCUGAAGACGCAGACCCUCCUGGAUUACCUGCAAGUCGUGUGAGGUAUAGAGUAGAUGAUGUUCAGUCUCCUUAUCCUGCCACUAUUUUUGAUGUAGAAGAAGAUUCUGGAACAGUAAUAACUAGAGUCAAUCUUAAUGAAGAACCUACGACAAUUUUUAAGUUGGUGGUUAUUGCUUUUGAUGAUGGUGAGCCUGUGAUGUCCAGCAGUGCUGUGGUGAAAAUCCUUGUCUUACAUCCUGGAGAAAUCCCACGCUUCACACAAGAGGAAUAUAGACCUCCUCCAGUAAGUGAACUUGCAACCAGAGGGACUACAGUUGGUGUAAUUUCCGCUGCGGCUGUCAAUCAGAGUAUUGUGUACUCCAUUGUUUCAGGAAAUGAAGAGGAUCAUUUUGGUAUUAAUAACAUCACGGGUGUUAUUUAUGUGAACGCCCCUCUGGAUUAUGAAACAAAGACAAGCUAUGUACUCCGAGUCCAAGCUGAUUCCCUGGAAGUGGUCCUCGCCAACCUCCGAGUUCCUUCGAAAAGUAAUACAGCAAAAGUGUAUAUUGAGAUUCAGGAUGAAAAUGAUCAUCCCCCAGUGUUUCAGAAAAAAUUCUACAUUGGCGGUGUAUCUGAAGAUGCAAGAAUGUUUACUUCUGUGCUAAGAGUUAAGGCUACUGAUAAAGAUACUGGCAAUUAUAGUGCCAUGGCAUACAGACUCAUAAUACCACCAAUUAAAGAUGAAAAAGAAGGAUUUGUGGUGGAAACAUAUACAGGGCUUAUCAAAACUGCUAUGCUCUUCCAUAAUAUGAGGAGGUUCUACUUCAAGUUUCAAGUCAUCGCAACUGACGACUAUGGGAAGGGGCUAAGUGGCAAAGCAGAUGUACUUGUCUCGGUGGUCAAUCAGCUGGAUAUGCAAGUCAUUGUUUCCAACGUGCCCCCCACUCUGGUGGAAAAAAAGAUAGAGGAUCUCACAGAGAUUUUGGAUCGGUAUGUUCAGGAGCAAAUUCCUGGUGCCAAAGUUGUUGUGGAGUCCAUUGGUGCUCGCCGGCAUGGGGAUGCCUUUUCUCUAGAAGACUACAGUAAAUGUGACUUGACUGUCUAUGCAAUUGACCCCCAAACGAACAGAGCCAUCGACAGAAAUGAGCUUUUUAAAUUUUUGGAUGGCAAACUGCUCGAUAUCAAUAAAGACUUUCAGCCAUAUUAUGGGGAAGGAGGACGCAUCCUGGAGAUACGGACUCCACAGGCAGUGACCAGCAUUAAAAAGCGAGGAGAAACUCUUGGCUACACAGAAGGUGCCUUGCUGGCUCUGGCCUUCAUCAUCAUCCUCUGUUGUAUUCCUGCCGUUUUGGUGGUUUUGGUCAGCUACAGACAGUUUAAAGUACGCCAAGCUGAGUGCACCAAGACAGCACGGCUCCAAGCCGCAGAGGCGAUGAUGGCUGCGGCCAAACCAGCAGCACCUGCCGCAGCACCAGUGGCCGCACCCCCGGCACCCCCACCGCCCCCGCCGCCCCCGGGUGCUCAUCUCUAUGAGGAAGUUGGGGACAGCACAACGCAUAAGUACGAAAUGCCUCAAUAUGGAAGUCGCCGUCGCUUGUUACCACCUGCUGAAGAAUAUGGUGAGGUGGUUGCUGAAGCUGAGGAGGGAAUUGAGGAGGAAGAGGAAAAGGCAAAGAAAGUUAGAGAGCCUAGUGAGGAGCAAGAAGUAGUUGUCAUUAUUGAAAAGCCACCAGCAGCUGAACCUACAUACACAACAUGGAAGAGGGCCAGGAUAUUCCCAAUGAUAUUUAAGAAAGUUAGAAGACUAGCUGAUAGAAGAGGCAUCAUUGACCUUGAGGGUGAAGAAUGGCAGAGACGCCUUGAGGAAGAAGAUAAAGACUAUUUGAAACUAACUCUGGAACCAGAGGAAGCUUCAGAAAGCACUGUGGAAUCAGAGGAGGAAUCAUCAAGUGACUACACUGAGUACACUGAAACCGAAUCUGAGUUCAGUGAGUCUGAGACGACAGAAGAGUCUGAGUCAGAGACACCUUCUGAGGAGGUGGAAAGUUCUACCCCAGAAUCAGAAUCAGAAUCCACAGAAUCAGAAGGAGAAAAGGCAAGGAAAAACAUUUUUCUUGCAAGAAGAAGGCCCGUUGUUGAAGAGGAAGUCCAACCUAAAAAAAAGGGACCACGUGAAGAACCAGAAGAACUGAAGGGGGAAGAAGAGCACCCAGAAGGAGAGGAAAGUGAGCUGGCCCCGAUGGAAGAAUCAACAGACCUUGAAGCUCAAGAAAUCACUGAGGAGGGCAGCAUAGAAUCAGCUUCUGUGGAAAGAGGUGUGGAAAGUGAGGAAGAAUCAGAAUCAACCAGUACUAGCGAAAGUCAGUCUGGAGGUCCAUGGGGCUUUCAGGUGCCAGAACAAGACACAAGCAGGGAUGCAAACCAAACGAAGCCUCCAGGAGCAGACUCUGAAGGUUACAACACAGCACUUUAA